AUGAAGCUACAAGUAAGAAGCCUUCGCAAAACGAAAAACGGUGGCGUUAUCAUCAGCACGGAAUCGAAGGGUGAUAUCGAGAAGUUGCGCCAAUCAACGCAAUUAUCUAGCUCAGGACUUUCCGUAGAUGAGCCCAAAAAAAGGAAUCCGCGUGUAGUCAUCAUCGGUGUCCCAUCUACUAUGCCCGACAAUGAAGCCCUAACAUGUCUAUACCAUCAGAAUCUGGCGGAGAAACUGGAGAACUGUAGUCUGGACUCUUUCUUGUCUGCGACUAAGAUGAGCCACAAAUCAGGCCGAAGAGAUGCAGCGACGUGUAAUUUCGUGAUCGAGGUAACUGCAGCCACCCGUAAAGCCCUGAUGUCGCAAGAGCGAGUUUUUAUCAAUUGGUCUUCCUGCCCUGUUCGAGACUUCACUCUGGUGACCAGAUGCUACAAAUGUCAGCAGUACGGACAUGCUGCUAAAUCAUGUCGUCAAACCUCUUUUACCUGCAGCCAUUGCGGAGAACAAGGCCAUACUAUCAAGGAUUUUACAAAGAAGUCAGAUGAACCCAAAUGUGCAACUUGUCUGCACUUCAAAAAGCCCGCCAACCACACGACAGGUGCUACUGAAUGCCCGGCAAAAACCAUGGCCGAACAAAGUGGUGGCCCUGAGGUUAGGAUGUCGAUUAUCGUGCAUGAGGACGCGGGUUCGAAACCUGGCGAGUACCAAUAUGACACCAACGACAUAUGUUUAAUUAAAGCUAAACCGGGGACAAACGUAGUGGCAUCGGAGACACUACUGCGGUUACCACUUUGCAAGCUGGCGAGUAUAGCACAAGGUGAUGCCAAGGUGGAGCUGAUGACUGCUCUAGGAUAUGAAGACGAUGACUCCAUUGGCACAACGACGUUAAGACGGAUAACAGAUGUAGUAGAUGAUUCAGAUAUAAACAAACAGACACAAAUGAUUAUAGUAACUGCCGCACAUUUCAAGUUGGGGCUCAAUACCAUUUUUAAUACCACUUCUUCUGGCCUGGAAGGAAUUUUAAGAAAUUCAAACAAAUCCAUAGCCUUGAAUAAAAUCAAACAAAAACUUUUUGUCCAAAUUGAUGAAGUCGGUGUUGCCAGAUUCAUACAUUUUGAAAAUAUGGGACCACCACAAGCACAGGAAUCAUAUUUUGAAAAUUCGCCCCAAUUCACUGCGGACAGACCAUUCUACUUUGACAUUUCGUUGGACUUUGAUAAUGCGCGAUAUGAAAUGUUCACUGGUGUCUAUUAUGGGCCUGAAGAAACAGCUUCUGCCAAUGAAAUGCAAAUAAAGGCAUCUAAAUAA